AUGAAUUCUUAUGGUUUUCUAGUUUUAUCUGUGAUAGUUUUAUCAGUUCAGGGUGAAACUUUAUCUAAAGAAAAAGCAGAAGAUUUAUUACAUCAACAAAUUGAAGAUUGUGCAAAAGAACUAAAUGCUUCCAAAGAUGACGUUGACAAAUUAUUCAAGCUAAAAGUUCCAGAAAGUGAUGAAGGAAAAUGUGUCGUUAAAUGCGUUUAUGAAAAAGUUGGAUGGAUGAAAAAUGGAACAUACGAUGCAAAAGCAAAACUGGACUCGUUUAAAAAAAUCCACGAAAAAAAUACUAAAUUAAUGGAAAAUUAUACAAAAAUGAUUGAAGAUUGUGAAUCUAGUGCAAAAGGAGGAAAUGAAUGCGACAUUGCCAAAAAUGUGAUGGACUGCGAAAUUAAAAUUGCCAAGGAAAAUAAAUGGAUACAAAAUCCUACGGAGGAAGAAAAUGUAAAAUAA